AUCUUCGGCGUCCCUUUGCGCCAGAGCAUCGUCUAUGCCAACGUCGCCAUCUCCCUCGUAGACGAUAACGGAAAGAGCUACAUCUAUGGUUACGUUCCCAUCGUGGUGGCAAAGUGCGGGGUGUUUCUGAAGGAGAAAGCGACGACCGUCGAGGGCAUCUUUCGCCUCAACGGAUCCGAGAAGCGCAUCAAGGAGCUCAAGCACAUCUUCGACUCUCCAGAUCGCUACGGCAAGGGCCUGAGCUGGGAUGGCUAUACGGUCCACGACGCGGCGAACGUCUUCCGCCGAUACCUGAACGACCUGCCAGAGCCGGUGGUGCCCCUCGACUUAUACGAAAAGUUUAGAGAGCCCCUCCGAGGUGCGACCAAGACGGCUGUUGGAGACGCCGACGGUCCGCAGUUUAUCGACGACUUCGAUGUGGACGCCGCCAUCAAGAGGUACCAGCACCUGAUCAAGGAGCUUCCUCCCCUGAACCGACAGCUUCUGCUCUACAUCCUCGACCUUCUGGCCGUGUUUGCCGCAAAGGCAGAGGACAACCGCAUGAACUCGCAGAACCUGGCCGCCAUCUUUCAGCCCGGCAUGCUCUCCCAUCCCAUCCACGCCAUGGCCCCCGAGGAGUACCGCCUGAAUCAAUGCGUCCUCAUCUUCUUGAUC